GACACAUCUGGAUUUUACCCAGAAUACUAUAACCUUUGUGCCAGAAAGUAGUUGAAGCCCAUUGAGUUUUUUUCCUGACGAUUCGCGACGCAAAUUGGGAAAAAUGCAACGUGCGACUUUCAUUUUCUCCAGGAGAAUGGCAUCCUUGAGUCAAGCUAGGAUGUCUGGGGAAGCCGGAUCUGGGGCUGGUAGGGGUGGUGGUGGUGGUGGUGCCAUUCGCAGUGCUGGAGGAUCUUUUGGAAAAAUGGAAGCUGCACAUGAGGACCAGUACUUCUACAAUCAGCAAAAGGAACAGCUGCAGAAGCUGAGGGAUGGACUCCACGAUGAGAUUUCCUUCCACGAGGAGCAGAUCAAACGUCACCAGGAGGCCAUCAACCGUCACAAGAAGAGAAUCGGGGACAUGGAGCACAAGUGAAGGGAUUAAACCCUCAGGUCAUCUCUCAGCGGACUGUACCAGGAGUGUUUCCAUUUUUAGAGAUACGACAUCUUUCAACAAUAGUGUGCGACUCCAGCACCAGAUUGUGGCUAUUUUUUCUUUUUUUUUUUCAUACAAAUAUGUUGUUACAGUAUGUAGGAAUAAAUUUUUGAUUUUCAAAGA